AUAGUUUGGCCGGUCAAGUAAUUUACACCAUCAUUUUUGGCGCCAACCGUGGGACCGUUAAGGUUUCUUCUCUUCUAAACACAAACCUACCCACAAAAACACCACUCAAAAUGUCUUCAAGCCAACAGAUCAACGCCACCUCUGCUCAGAUACAAGCCACCGCUGAAGGUACCAGCAUCCCCAUGGCUGUUACCCUGCCGACCGUUUCUGCUCCAGUUUUGCCGUUGGGACUAAGCUCGGUCCCAACAACUAGCAUGGUCAGCCCAUUCACGGCCCCCGUCCCUUCCGCUGGACCAAGGGUCACUUUCCCACCAAGCAUGACCCAGUUCAUGAAUGACCCAGCCAACCUGCAGGCCAUUCAGGGCUUUGGCCAGGUCAUGGCUAUGUGCCAACAGAAUGGGGGGAUGCCUUUCCUCCCUGGUAUGUUCCCGUUCGCUCUUCCAGGCACGGGAACCAUGCCCCUACAAGCUCCGAUGGCGGUGUCUCCCUUCCAAACGCCGGUGCCGCAACCAUCACCUUUCCAGCCGCAGCUAGUCAGCGCUGUGGCCCCCAUCAACUUGGCAGGUGCGCUUAACGCCGCGGGGCCGUCGCGUCCCCCGCAAGGUAUGAAUCCGCUAGUCACUCCCGAUGGUCACUGCGUCUCAGUUGAAAGCGGAGACGACGAGUGGGACGUUCCAAGGACCCACAAGAAGAAGAAAGGAAAGACCAUACGCCCUGCAACUUCCCGAAACUCCGCCUUCGAAAGGCUGGGGGAUAGGGAGGAGGGCCAGAGGAAGUCAGCCAAGCUGAGGCUGGGGCAAAGCGUUGCUCAUGUCAGCGCGUUUGCCCGGCUAGGUGAGAUGGAGGCAAAAUUGGAAAGACUGGAGAAGAAGGUCGGGGAGAAGAAUGACCGGGACAAGCCCCUCGCAGGGUCCCCGUUCACCACAAGGGUUCAUCUGACACCUUUCCCGCGAAAGGUCAAGAUAGACGCCCCAAGAUUCACCGGGAAGGAAGAUCCAGAAAUUCACCUGGACUCCUUCAAUCAGAGUGCAACCAUGAACGGUUGUACAGACGAAGAAAAGUGCCUUCUUUUCUUCCAAACUUUGCGAAAUCGAGCCACUGAAUGGUUCAACAAGCUUCGCCCAGGAAGCAUUGACUCAUUCAGUGACUUGGCCUCAAAGUUCAAGGCCAAGUUCCAGAAGAACUGUACUAAGAGGAAGAAGUUCACUUAUCUUAGUACAGCCGGGCAAAGGGAAUCCGAGAACCUUACCCAAUUCCUUACCCGGUGGAAGGAAGAGGUAGACAAGGUGGAAGAGAUGGAUGACAAAACCGUCUUAUCUCUCCUCUUGAGUGGCUUACGUGCCGGGGAACUGUACAAGGAGUUCUGCCGGAAACCCCCGGCCACGUACCAAGAGGCCUAUCACACUGCAUGGGAGUUUGCUGAGGCUGAAACUCAACUCCGGGCGAAGAAGGAAGCCGAACAUGGGUUUAAGCCCAAGCCGGUGCAGGUCAAAAAGGAAGAAGCACCGGUAACCAGCCGGCCAAGGCACCAUUAUGACCCGGUCGUCCGCAUGGUCAACACAGAAGAGUGCCAGGAGAAAGCCCAGGAGAAGAGUCACCAAUGGGUAAGGCCAUCUAUCCCGGAGGAUGACCGGGACAACGACCGGCGGAGGAAUAACCGGCCGAAGGAGCGGCAACCUGCCCCUGAAAAGGAACACAUCGGCAUGAUCUUCGGCGGACCUGAGGGUGGAGACUCAGCCGCGCAACGGAAGAACUGGGUCCGGAGCAUUUACGUUGGUGAGGUAAGCGCUGAACCGCCCAGGCGUAAACAUACUAGGAGGGAGCCGAUCGUCUUCACUGACCGGGAUCUCCCUCCUACCAGUGAAGAUCACAAUGAUCCAUUGGUCAUCACCAUGGACAUUAAUGGGGUGGAUGUCGCCCGGGAACUUGUUGACACCGGCAGCAGUGUCAACAUCUUAUACCUGGAAACUUUCCAAAAACUCAGGUUGUGUCGGACACAACUUGAGCCCCUCAAAACCCCUCUAUCAGGCUUCACGGGAGACACCGUGGAGGCUGAAGGGACCAUAGUCCUACCGGUCGAACUAGGAUCGGGCGAAAAAACCGUAUGGAAGAAGAUGCGGUUCAUAGUUGUGGACAUCAAAUGCGUCCACAACGCAAUCCUUGGAAGGCCGGGCAUCAAUAAGGUCGGGGCGGUAAUUUCCAUGCCUCACCUGUGCAUGAAGUUCCACACUCCAGGUGGUGUGGGUGAGGUGAAAGGCGACCAGAGGAACGCCCGGGAGUGCUAUGCCCGGGCAGUCAAGAAGAUGACCAAGGGGGUCAAUGUCAUCUCCCAAGAGAUCACAAAGGGAGAGACCCGGGAGAAAUUGGAGCCCGAGGCCGAGACGGUGGAAAUCGAACUUCACCCGGGUGAUUCUUCAAGGAUGGUCAGAAUCGGAGCCAAUCUCCCAGAAGACCUCAAGGCGGAGAUUACGCGGGUACUCCGAGAAUACGCGGGCAUAUUUGCAUGGAGCGUGGCAGAUAUGCCCGGAAUCGACCGCUCAAUCAUCUGUCACCGAUUGGCAGUGAGAGAUGGAAGUCGACCGGUACGCCAGAAGAAAAGGUACCUGGCCAGUGACCGGCGGGACUUCGUCAAGAAGGAGGUGAAGGAUCUCCUCAGUGUUGACCUACCAGUCAACAAACCCGCCGAACAAUGGUGGGAGAUGGCAGUAGAUGGGGCAUCUGGCCCUAAGGGGUACGGGGGUGGUGUAGUGUUUACAACCCCAGAGGGUUUCAAGAUCUACCAUGCAAUCGUUUUCAACUUCAAGCUGACGAACAAUGAAGCAGAAUAUGAAGCUCUAGCUGGAGGGCUCAGACUUGCCCAAGCCCUGAAGAUCAACCGGGUCAGUAUCAAAUCUGACUCCAGUCUGAUUGUUGGGCAAGUAACCGGCAACAUGGAAGCCAGAGAAGGACGAAUGGCGCAAUACAAGGACCUGAUACUUGCCUUGUUGAAAAGCUUCGAGGAAUUCAGGAUCGCCCAAAUCCCCCGGGCGGAAAACGCAGAUGCAGACCUUCUCUCCAAAUUGACGCAAUAUGCUCCUGAGCAUGUUUCAAAACUUGCCCGGGUGGAAAUUCUGGACCGUGCCAGCAUCGAAAAAUUGGAAGUCGCCGCCAUAACAGCAGCAGGCCAAUCUGACCGGUCAAACUUGAUCGGGGCAGAUGACGACUGGAUGUAUGACUUGAUGGAAUACCUAAUGGACGGGACCUUGCCGGAACAAGAUGACCGGGCAAGAAAAGUGAAGCUCAGGGCACCCCGGUUCCAAGUCCUUGACGGAAAGCUAUAGAAGAGGGCGUUCGGGGGACCCCUCCCGAGGUGCCUAACCAACCGGGAGGCUAAACGGGUCAUAGCAGAAGUCCAUGAAGGUGUAUGCGCGGCGCAUCAAAUGUCCCGCACUCUUUCCCAGCGCAUCAUCUUGUUGGGGUAUUACUCGCCAACAAUUGUCCAGGA